AGAGGCUUGAGAACAAGACAAAAGCAAAAGAGUAGGUUUUUUCCUAUUUCACCCUUUCCUCCCUUUGGUUUCACCACCACCACUCGCUCACUCACUCACUUCUCUUCCUUUCUUUCUCUCUCUGUGCGGAGCUGAGAGAAAAUCAAAAGCGAAUCAAACCUCCAUUUUGAUUUCUUCCCCCUUUUUAUGCUGUGAACAAAAUCUAGGGUUUCUGCUGUGGAGUGUGGAGUGUGAAGAAAGUUUCCUCAUCGCCGUUGUCUGUUUCUUGGAGUUACCUCUGGACCCACAAGUAGUAGAAUAAGAUCACCAUGGAUUCGGUAGGAAAUCUUGAUGAACAAAUUGGUCUGCUUAUGCAGUGCAAACCCUUGUCCGAGCAGGCGGUAAGAGGACUGUGUGAGAAAGCGAAGGAGAUUCUAGUGCAAGAGAGUAAUGUGCAGCCUGUGAAAAGCCCUGUGACGAUAUGUGGUGAUAUUCAUGGGCAGUUCCAUGAUCUUGCUGAGCUUUUUCGAAUUGGUGGGAAGUGUCCCGACACUAAUUAUUUAUUCAUGGGAGAUUAUGUGGAUCGUGGAUACUAUUCUGUCGAAACAGUUUCGCUUUUGGUGGCUCUCAAAGUUCGCUAUCCUCAACGAAUUACAAUCCUAAGGGGAAAUCAUGAGAGUCGUCAGAUUACUCAGGUUUAUGGGUUUUAUGAUGAAUGCCUUCGAAAAUAUGGUAAUGCCAAUGUGUGGAAGACUUUCACAGAUCUGUUUGACUACUUUCCUCUGACUGCUUUGGUUGAGUCAGAGAUAUUUUGCCUCCAUGGUGGUUUGUCUCCGACUAUCGAAACUCUUGAUGAUAUACGCAAUUUUGAUCGGGUCCAAGAAGUUCCACAUGAGGGGGCCAUGUGUGAUCUUCUAUGGUCUGAUCCUGAUGAUCGUUGUGGUUGGGGUAUCUCCCCAAGGGGUGCUGGAUAUACAUUUGGCCAGGAUAUUUCUGAGCAAUUUAACCACACCAACAACUUGAAUCUAAUUGCUAGAGCACACCAGCUGGUUAUGGAGGGAUUCAAUUGGGCCCAUGAUCAAAAGGUGGUUACCAUCUUUAGUGCACCUAAUUAUUGUUACCGCUGUGGUAAUAUGGCUUCCAUCUUGGAAGUGGAUGAUGCCAAGGACCGUACAUUCAUUCAGUUUGAACCAGCUCCCAGGAGAGGGGAGCCAGAUGUAACCCGAAGAACACCCGAUUACUUCCUAUGAUGCAAGUGGGCAAAUCUAUUGAUUUCUGUGCAGAAGGUCCUGUUAACUGCUUCAUAUGUUGUGAGCCUCUUACGAGCUUAUAGUUCUUCUGCUACAAUGGUGUGAGCGAAUGGUAUGGAAUGAAGCAUGUAAAUCAGGCAUGUGAUACUUCUUUCUUUCCAUUGUUGAAACCUCAUUAAGAUGCUGUGAAGAGAUGGUGAAACCAGUGACAGUUAGGGUGCAUGCAUCAUUUUUCCGCGAACAUUGUUCAACUCUUUUUUCCCUUUGAUCCUAUAUUCUUUUUUUUCUUUCUGUUAGUAGUAGAAAGGACAAUGAUCUGCUUACUCGAUACAUUUUGUCCCUUUACAAGGACAAUCACUAUCGUCUAAGCUCCGUAGAGGUAAACGAUAAUCAUUUUUACACCUUUCAAUGAGUGUUCGUGUAAUUUUCUAUUAGGUCAAGACUCUAUUUUGAUUUCUUAAAGGGGUUUUAUUCAAGUCUGACGGAUAUUUUUAGCUCAAA